GGCCGAGUUAUUGAAGAGAAGGCAAAAGAAUCGAGCAGGGGAUGGGCCGUAUAACCAAGACUCAGUCAAUCUCAAUGAUCUCAAGGUGAAAGCUGUCAAUGAGAUGAUGGACAGGAUUAAACGUGGCGUUGUCCUGAAACCCACCAAAAGGAAGCUGGAGCUCCUGGAUCCGAAACCCAGUGGGGAUGAAGGCAGUGCAGUACACGCACUGAAAGGGAUACUGGAUUCAAUGACAAACAGAAAGGUCCGGCAACCCAGUUGGAAAAGCGAGAAGAAACAGAGUGAGCUGGAAGCUGUCCUGCUGAGGAGGAGGAAGGUAACAGAUGCCAAAAAAGAUUCCGGAAAAAGAGACAUGGAAAAUCCAGCAGCAGCAGCAGCAGCACCUCCCACUGGCCGAAGUGAAGGGAUCAGCCCCAGGUUACUCCCAGCCUCCAGCAAAGAGCCAGCGAAGGGGCUGAAGAGAGGUGUGUCGGUGCAACAGAGCCGGAGGAUUUCCGAUAUCACAGCCCAGAACAGGAGGAGCACAGAGCGGCCGGAGAAGCUAGCAGAACCGUGAGGGACUCGGAUCCCCAGCACAGCCUCAGUGGCUCAGCCAAUCCAUCACCCCCACCCCA